UUGAAUUAAUCCGCUUGAAAAGAGAAUUCUUAACCUGCAGCACACGGCUGGAACAAUACCUUUCUCUGAAAGUGGGCCCUCGCGCUCAUAGAUCCUCUUCUCCCUUACUCCAAAACCCAGCACAACAAGCAAAGAGGAGGGAGGGGGAAAAACGGAACGCCACUCCCCAGCCAUGGCGCAGCAGCAGCUGCUCCUCCUGCCCGCGCCUUCCAGAGCCUUCUCGAAGCCCCUCCCCUCCCAAUCCACCACGCUCGCCUCCCUCUCCCUUCGCCAACACAUCUCCGUCUCCGCCGCCGCCCGGCGCGGCCUGCUGCGAUGCGGGAUGAAGCGUUCAGGCUUUGUGGCCGAGCUGGAGAUUGCCAAGGAUAAGCAGCCGCAGAGCAGGCGCGCCAAUGGCAUCUUCUGGAUCUUGCUGCUCAAUUUCGGCAUCUACGUGGCCGACCACAUGUUCCAGAUUCGGGAAAUAAAAGCACUGUACCUGUAUCAUGCACUCCCUACAUGGUAUCAGUUUGUGACAUCAACAUUUUGCCAUGCCAACUGGAAUCAUCUUUCAAGCAAUCUAUUCUUUGUGUAUAUCUUUGGAAAGCUUGUGGAGGAGGAAGAAGGUAACUUUGCUUUGUGGAUGUCUUACAUUUUGACUGGUGCCGGGGCAAAUUUGAUUUCAUGGUUGGUUCUCCCGACAUCCUCUGUGUCACUUGGAGCAUCUGGUGCUGUUUUUGGCCUUUUCACCAUUAGUGUUCUAGUUAAGAUGUCAUGGGACUGGAGAAAGAUCCUUGAGGUGCUUAUCCUGGGGCAAUUUGUUGUUGACAAGGUCAUGGAAGCAGCACGAGCAACAACAAUCACGGGCCAAUCAUUUCAAGUAAACAACAUUGCUCAUGUGUCAGGUGCUUUGAUAGGUGCAGCAUUGGUGUUCCUGGUCAGCAGAAUCCCCUUUUCAUCCAACGAUGAUAGCCCCAAGACAACUAAAGAGAGUAAAUAGGGGGAAAAAAGUUUAUCAACUAACAUCAUAUUAUCAUUCAUUACAUUUCUUUAUAUGAUAACAUGACAUUGUUCUAAAAAUUCAGUUACGAAACUUCUGAUUUAAAUGAAAGAUCAUCUGGAAUUUCAA